AUGCGGAUACACCCUGUCCCUGUCCCCCUCCGCAUCCUCAUACAUGUACCCUCUACAAAAAUCUGCACACGCAGAAUGACCAGGACCAGGGCCUGGAAGCGCCCUCGCCGACGCAGCAGCCACCAAAAACGGAAUGUGAGUCGCUGGAAUCCCCCUGCGCAACGCAUCCCUCAGAGCCGCAUACUCGGUCCGCCGUCUGGCCAGUUUGGCCUUCUCGAUGUCGGUCUGGAUUGA